ACCCUCGCGUACGUGCUGCCGGCCUUCGAGAUGGUCCUGCGCAGCAAGCCGCGCCCGGCCGGCAGCCGCCACCCCGUUGCGCUCAUCAUCGUGCCCUCGUCGGAGCUCGUGUUCCAGGUGGAGGCCGUGUGCGCCCAGAUCGCGAGGGGGAUCUACGGCCGAGAGGUCACGGUGAAGGGCGUCCACAGGCCGAGGAGCGGCUGGCCCAGCGAGGUGCCGGACAUCCUGAUCGCCACGCCAGGCCCCGUGGCACAGGGCCUGAGGCCCUGCAUCUCCGAGGACGAGAUCGUGCGGCGCGAGGCG